AUGCCAGAGCUUGUAUUGCAGUCUGAACGUGCUUUUCAGAAGCAGCCACAUGUUUUUCAGAAUUCAAAAAUGAUAUUACAUAAAAAAUCUGGUAAAGGUCGCAGAUGGUAUAAAGAAGUUGGUCUUGGGUUCAAAACACCUAAAGAGGCUAUAAAAGGGCAAUAUAUUGAUAAGAAAUGUCCUUUUGUUGGAAAUGUUUCGAUUCGUGGACGUAUUCUUACUGGAACUGUUGUUUCAACUAAAAUGACUAGGACUAUUAUUAUCCGAAGAGAAUAUCUUCAUUACAUUCCUAAAUAUAAUCGUUAUGAAAAACGACAUAAAAAUUUUGCAGCACAUUUAUCACCAGCUUUUCGUGUGAAUGAAGGUGACAUUGUUACAGUGGGGCAGUGUCGUCCACUUUCAAAAACUGUUCGUUUUAAUGUUUUAAGAGUUGAGAGACAUAAUGAAGUAGAAACAGCAAAACAGUUUGGGAAGUUUUAG